GGCCGCGCCCCAGCCCCGCUGCGCCGCCGGCCCCGCCCGCCGCCGCCGCCAUGGCCGGUAAGCCCCGCAGCGGCUGCGAGGCGCUCCGGGUGGUGGCCCGGUGCCGGCCCAUGAGCCGGCGGGAGGAGGCGGCGGGAUACGAGCGCGUCCUGGAGCUGGACGUGAAGCUGGGCCAGGUGAGCAUCCGCAACCCCCGCGCCGCCCCCGGGGAGCUGCCCAAGACCUUCACCUUCGACGCCGUGUACGACGCCAGCUCCAAGCAGGCCGACCUCUACGAUGAGACGGUGCGGCCGCUCAUCGACUCGGUGCUGCAGGGCUUCAACGGCACCGUCUUCGCCUAUGGCCAGACCGGCACCGGCAAGACCUACACCAUGCAGGGCGCCUGGGCGGAGCCCGAGAAGCGCGGCAUCAUCCCCAGCGCCUUCGAGCACAUCUUCACCCACAUCUCCCGCUCGCAGAACCAGCAGUACCUGGUGAGGGCCUCGUACCUGGAGAUCUACCAGGAGGAGAUCAGGGACCUCCUCGCCAAGGACCAGAGCAAGAAGCUGGAGCUGAAGGAGAACCCCGAGACCGGGGUGUACAUCAAGGACCUGUCGUCCUUCGUGACCAAGAACGUCAAGGAGAUCGAGCACGUGAUGAACCUGGGCAGCCAGACGCGCUCCGUGGGCAGCACCAACAUGAACGAGCACAGCUCGCGCUCCCACGCCAUCUUCCUCAUCACCAUCGAGUGCAGCGAGACGGGGCCGGACGGCGAGGAGCACAUCCGCGUGGGCAAGCUCAACCUCGUGGACCUGGCCGGCAGCGAGCGCCAGAACAAAAUGGGGGCCCAGGGAGAGCGCCCCAAGGAAGCCUCCAAGAUCAACCUCUCCCUCUCGGCCCUGGGCAACGUCAUCUCGGCGCUGGUGGACGGCCGGAGCACGCACAUCCCCUACCGGGACUCCAAGCUCACCCGCCUGCUGCAGGACUCCCUCGGGGGCAACGCCAAGACAAUCAUGGUGGCCACCUUGGGCCCGGCCUCCCACAGCUACGACGAGAGCCUCUCCACCCUCAGGUUCGCCAACAGGGCCAAGAACAUCAAGAACAAGCCCCGGGUGAACGAGGACCCCAAGGACACCUUGCUGCGGGAGUUUCAGGAGGAGAUCGUCCGGCUGAAAGCCCAGCUGGAGAAACGCGGGAUGCUGGGCAAGAAGAGGAGGAGGAGCAGCCGGAGGAAGAAGGCAAUGGAUGGAGAGGGCACCGUGGACAAUGAAGGGGAGGACGAGAAUGAGGAUGGCCUGGAGAAGACCAUGGAGAAUUACUUGAAGGAGCAGAAGGAGAGGCUGGAAGAGGAGAAAGCCGCUAUCCAGGAUGACCACAGCCUGGUGAGUGAGGAGAAGCAGAAGCUGCUCCAGGAGAAGGAGAAGAUGAUAGAGGACCUGCGGAAGGAGCAGGAGGCCACGGAGCUGCUGGCCAUCAAGUACAAGGUUCGUGUUGCCACGCCUGGUGACAAAUGGGGCCGGGGUGCCUGCUGUGCCCCCGGCCCCUGGUGUGGAGUGGGAAUGGAUCCCGAGCAGGGAGCCUGGGGGAGGUGCCCACCACGAUGCCCAGCAAGGGGACCUCCCAAGCAGGGUCCCCAAGGGCAGCCCCAGACUCUGGCAUGGGGCUGGGUUGGGGUGGCCCUCGGACCUGCGUGGGGACACUGUGGGGACCUGUGUGGGAGCUGCAGGGGGUGGGAGGGAAGGGCCACGGGGGAGAGGGUCGCUGGUGGCACGAGCGUGCUGUGCUCAGCUCUUGUCCCCUUCAGCACAACAAAGCUGUGUGGGAAGGAGGAGUAUUUGAUCAUCGAGAACUUCAUCCCUCCCGAGGAGAAGAACAAGAUCAUGAACCGCCUGUACUUCGACGGCGAUGAGGAGCAGUGGAAGUUCCAGCCGCUGGUUCCCACGGGAGGGAGCAGCUCCCAGAUGAAGAGGCGCCCGACCUCGGCCGUGGGCUACAAGAGGCCCAUCAGCCAGUACGCCAGGGUGGCCAUGGCCAGGAGAUCCCACCCCCGCUUCCGGGCUGAGAACAUCAUGUUCCUGGAGCUGGACCUGUCCCCCCCGGCCAUCUUUGAGUUUGAGCGCAGCAGGGACCCGGCGGAGCAGGACCCGCGGGCGCUGCACCUGGAGAGGCUGAUGCACCUGGACAGCCUCCUGGAGCGGCCGGCGGCCUCGCGCGUGCGCAAGUCGCGCUCCUGGUGCCAGACGCCGCGGUCGCUGCCGUCCUCCGCCACCCACGUGUCCCUGGCCUCCGGCUCCCCGUGUGCCGCCCCUCUGCCGGCCCAGCAGUGACCGCCCGGACGCCUCGUCCCGGACUGAGCCCCCGAGCGCCGAGGGGGGCCCGGCCCCGCGGCCCCAGCUCGUCCUUGUCCUCAGCUACUUUGUGUGUGUUUGUGCGAGACACGAACGGCCCCGGGCCAGGGCGGCUGCCCCUCCCUCCCUCUCUCCCUCCCUCCCUCUCUCCUCCCCUCCCCUCUCCCCUUUUUCCGCCCCCUCCCCCGAUCCGGAUCUGUCACUUUAUUUAUUUAACCUAUUUAUUUAUGGAGCGGAGGCAGGAUUUGUGCUCGGACUGAUGGACAUCCAGGCUGGCACCGUGCUGAGCCCCCCCAAGGUUUGCCCAGCUCCCAGCCCUCCCCGCAUCGCCUGGCACAGAGCUGGGCACGGGGACAGCACCGUGGCACAGGGCUGGGCACGGGGACAGCACCGUGGCACAGGGCUGGGCACGGGGACAGCACCGUGGCACAGGGCUGGGCAGAGGGACAGCACCAGGACACUGCUGCAUCCCGGCAGGAGGGGCAUGGGUCCCUCUCCAGGGGCUUUGGCAGAAGCUGAGGCUGCCUUGGCCCCUGGUGCUGGCUUUGCUGUGCUGGAUCCCAGGGAAUUUGGAGAUUUCUGCACGGAUUGGGAGACUUGGUGGUGGCAGUGCCUUGUCAGAGUCCCCAGCGGGACUCCCCAGCCUGCACGGACUCUGGUGGCAGCAGGGACACCUCACCGACUGCGGGCACGGCUGGCACUGCAGGAGCACCAGCUCCACCCACAGGGCUUGCAGAGUCACCAGACCAAGUCACCCAAAGGCCAGGGCUUUGUCCGGCUGUGCCACGCCGUGGGGACACUCUGGGGACAGCCCCACCGAGGCUCGCUCCUGUCGCUGACUUGGGUGUGCAGCUCCUGACACAGCCCGAGGUGGAAAGGUGGAAAUCUCCACCGCCUUCCAGCACCUCCGGAGGCACACCCAGCCUGGGAGCAGCGCUGCCUUGAGCUCCGGGCUGCCAGAGGCUCCAUCUGCAGCUAAAGGCAACGGGGACAUGUGGGACAAGGAGGUGACACCCAGGGUAGCGACGGCAUCGCUGUCCCCUGGACAAUGGCACAUGGAAGUCACCUCUGUCACCUCCUGGAUGGGACAAACUCCCUGGUGGGUUGUGGAGGGCUGGCUGUGGAAUGGUGAUGGGUAAGAGGGAAGCCACGAGGGCUCAGGAUGGGAUCCUGUCCCAGCAGCUGCAGGGACAGCGCUCGGCGUUCCUGUGGGACACGGCUCUCAGGUGGAGGGAAGCUGGUGAAGACCCUGGCAGUGCCAGGGCAGUGGCACUGGUGUCCCUGGGAUGGUGGAGGUGGGGACAUCCCUGUGAUGGAUGAGAUCCUUGUGGAUGAGGGAGCGACCCCUUGGCUCUCCUGGGUCAGCAAGGGAGGGCAGCUCAGAGAGGAUUGCAGGUGAGGAAUGUCCCCUGGCAGCAAAGGGAAUUCCUUCACAGGGUGGGUGAGGUUGGAAGGGACCCUGGAGCUCUCAGGGAUGUGGCCAGGUGGGUUUGGAGUCUCCCAGGGAAGGAGACCCCAGCGCUGUUCUGGGCAGGCUGCUCUUUGCUGUUGGACUGGUCCCUGCUCCCCGUGGUGCUCCUGCACUCAGGGCAGGGCUGAGGGAGGGCGAGGGAGCCAGGCACAGGCCUGGGAUGGGGACAUCCAGAGGGAAGCAGGAGCUGUGCAGAGCUCAGAGCCAGGCAGGUCCCUCAGCAGCCAUGUCCCAUCCACACGUGGCUGUGCUGGGCCAUCCACUGCCCUUCCCAGCUGUCCUGACACAUCCCUGCAGUGCCCAGGGGAUCUCCUCCCCUUCCACCUAACACUGCCCUGCCUUGAGCUCUCCAUCAUUGCCCUCUGCUCCUUUCCCUUCCCUUUCCAUCUGUGCCCCAGAACACCCUCUGUCCCUCCAAAACCUUUGUCCCCUUCUCCCCCAGGCUGGCACCUGCCUCGGGGGCACCCUGCCAGGCUGUAGCUCUGAGGACUGAGCUCCUCCCUCUGGCAGCAGCCAGCUCCAGGCUGUGCUCAGCCUGGCAGGAGGGAGCAGGGGACGGGGUUGGAGGAGUGACAGCUGGGUCCCUUCCAUGCUGUGGGGUCAGGGCUGGCCACAGGGACCCUCCCAGCCAGGGGUGUCCCAGGGCACCCCCCAGGCCGAGCUGGCCCUGUGAAACCACCCCAGCCCUGGCCAAGGCCAGGCUGGGCACGGCUGGGAGCACCUGGGACAGUGGCAGUGUCCCUGCCCAGGACUGGGGUGGCACUGGAUGAGCUUUAAAGUCCCUUCCAGUCCAAACCAGCCUGUGAUUCCCUGAUUCUGUGGAAUACAGUGGUUGGGAGAGCUGGUUUGUUAUUUAAUUUCCUGGAAAGCAUCUGGGAGUCGGGGUCAGGAAGCACAGGCUCAGAAUGAGGGGAAGCCUGGGGGGCUGCAGGAGUAGAAUUUCCUCCCCUCUUUGUUUUCUGGCAGUCCCAGUUGCCCUUCAGUGGAUCAGCAGCUUGUGCAGCCCCAAAGUGAUGAACCAGAGACCUUCUCUGGCCUCUGUUCUCACCCAAGGUGUGGGAAACAACUCAGGAGCUGAGGGUGUCCUCAUGCCCCGGGCCAUGGAGCAUCCUGGGAAGGGUGGCUGUCCCCCAGGAAGGGUGGCUGUGACCGGGAAGGGUGGCUGUGGUCACGGAGGGAUCCUCUGGAAGCCCUUCCAGCAGAGCUCUGGUCACGGAGGGAUCCUCUGGAAGCCUUUCCAGCAGAGCUGUGGUAACAGUGGGAUCCUCAGGAAGCCCUUCCAGCAGAGCUGUGGUCAUGGUAGGAUCCUCUGGAAGCCCUCCCAGCAGAGCUCUGGUGACAAUGGGAUCCUCAGGAAGCCCUCCCAGCAGAGCUGUGGUCAUGGUAGGAUCCUCAGGAAGCCCUCCCAGCAGAGCUGUGGUCAUGGUAGGAUCCUCAGGAAGCCCUUCCAGCAGAGCUGUGGUCAUGGUAGGAUCCUCAGGAAGCCCUCCCAGCAGAGCACAGGCCGGAGCCGCCAGCGCAGGGGAUGGGAUGAGGCACUUCCAGCACCCAGGGGCCGCUCCGGAGCCUCCCUCGCCCUCCCUCGCUCCAGCGGCGGCGCUCCCGGAGCCGUCCCAGCGCACACGGCAGGGCGGGGAGCGCUCGGGCUGUCUGUCGGUGCCGUUCGCUGUCCGUGUGUCCCAGCGGGGCUGUUCCUCGGGGCCAGGGGCUGGGCCGGGGCUUCCUUUUGUUGUUGUUGAAGUGUUCUUUUGGGGUUCAGGUUUGGCCGUUUUUCCGCGGGGAGGGGGGUGCGGGUCUGUUCCGGGUUCAUGGACAAGGCGAGGGCCUCGAUUAGGACCAAAUUUUCGUGCCUGUUGCUCUGGUGAUUUAUUUAGAAAUCAAAAGUUUACUGUCUGGUGGCCCAUCCUUGUCACUCUAUACAUAGGACUAUACAGGACAUAUUAUAAAUAUAUAUAUAUUAUACAUAGUGUCUGGAGAGAGGCCGUUCCUGGCGGGAUGGACACUCCUCACUGUGCUGUAAUGUAGCUUCGACCCCGCGCUGGGAGCGCCCUCCAGGAUGGCAAGGACACAAUAAAGGAAUGAAUGAGCAUCACUGCCCGGGCUCCGCAGCCUGCUU